AUGUACUUCUCCAAGAUCAUCCAGACUGCCCUGCUGCUGGCAGUCUCCGCCGUUCCCGCUCAGGCAUGGAACCGUCUCGACAAGAAGAACGCGGCUCUCUUGGUCAUCGAUCACCAGGUCGGUCUGGCCCAGCUCGUUCGUGACUUUGGCACCAACGACUUCCGCAACAACAUGCUGGCCCACUCUUCCAUCGGCAACAUCUUUGAUCUGCCUACCAUCCUGACCUCCUCCUCCGACGGUGGCCCCAACGGCCUCCUGCUCAAGGAGAUCACCGAGAUGCACCCCAACGCUACCUUCAUCCGUCGCCAGGGUGAGGUCAACGCCUGGGACAACGCCGACUUCCGCAAGGCUGUCAAGGCCCUCGGAAAGAAGCAGCUGAUCAUCGGUGGUAUCGUGACUGAAGUUUGCACCGCAUUCCUGGCUCUGUCGCUCAUCGAUGAGGGAUACGAGGUUUUCGCCAACACCGACGCCAGUGGAACUUUCGAUGUCAAGCUUGCUGAGGAUGCUAACCGCCGUAUGGAGAAGGCCGGUGUCACUCUGAUGGGCUUCUUCGCUAUUGUCUGUGACCUGAUGCGCGACUGGCGCGCUAAGCCCGGUCUCACCGAGAUCCUCCCCGUCCUUGACCAGUACCAAUUCGCUUACGGCAUGGCUGCUCGCCACCACGCCGGUGCCAUUGUCAACGGAACCCUCGCCGAGGUUGAGAAGCUUUUGAUCUAA